AAAAUUGCCUUCGAGAACGAGCACACCUUAUAACAAUAUUCGCAUAUCACAUCACCACAAGUCACAAUCGAUAAGAAAAGCAUAUAACGAUAAGUAGGUACGUGCCAGUUGAGCGUAUCAAGAUUUUUCAUCAAAAAAAAUGUCAAUCAUCCAGGAUUUCUUCAAACGUUAUUUGCCAGCCGUUAAGGCUGAUGAGGGCGAAGAAGAAUUGGUAGAUCCGCAGACAAAACUUCGUGAAACAUGUUCUCAACAAGCAAAAUGCACUAAUUUACAAGAGAAAUUGAACACAUGCAACGAUCGUGUUAAUUCAAGAACUAAAACAGAAGAAACUUGUUUAGAAGAGCUUAUUGAUUAUGUAGAAUGCGUAGAUCAUUGUGUUGCAAAGACGCUCUUUAGCAAACUUAAAUAAAUCUAAAAUAUUUCCAUUAAAAAAAAAAAAAAAAACCUGACUACUUGCAAUGGCAAAAUCUUGAUUUCUUUCAAGAAUUGUAUAUAUGAUAAAAUAUUAGUAAUAAAAAUAAACUUAGAUUAAUAUCACA